AUGAUGCCAAAUGAUCAAAUCAAAUGUAAGUUGGCUUUCGAGGAGAGGAGAAGAAUCCACGGUAAGGCGCAAAACAAAUGUAUUGAAAUGGAAGUAUCUACUUCAAACAUAUUGAAGUUCGAUGAUGAGGAAAAGGCUUUGAAGGGCUUGCUGGAGGCAUUUGGUUCCAAAUUUUCUCUUGAACAAAUAGCUUCUGCUUAUUGCAAUGCAAGCCGAGAUGCAGAUUUUGCUGUUCAAAUUCUGCUGGAUAUGGAGGGAAGUUACUCCACCGCUUCUAGUCAUUCAUCCAAUGGAGAGGCAUUGGUGAGUGAAGAAUCUUCUGAGUCUUCCAAUGGUUAUAUUUUGAAGAAGUCUGAUACAAAUGGACAGUUCAAAACUGUAAAGCAAAAACGGCGUCCAGUUUCAGGAGGCACUGUUUCAAGUGUUCUUGGCAGGAGUUACGUUAGAUCCAUGCCAGUGGGCAAUGGCUCUUGUGUGGCAACCAAACCAUUGAAAUUGGAUGCGCAGGAGUUCCCAGUUUCUGAACUUUGGGGAGAAGAACCCAAACAAACCCAAGGAAAGGAUGAUCGUAUGCACAAGCAUAUGGAAGAUUUUUUAUUCAAAAUGCUAGGAGAUGGCUUCAUGCUGGAAAGGGAAAUGAUUCAACAAAGCAUGAAGAAACUACUUGAUCUGUCAGCAGUGAGUUUGGACAAAAGGAACAAAGAUGUUGGUAGAUCCACUGGAAAGGUGAAGUUAGUUGUUGCUAGUCUUGCAUCUUUAGAAGUUUUCAGAUUCACAGAUGCACUGUCUAAUUCUGGAGGACCUUCAUGUCAAAAAAAUUUACAAUCGAUGAGUUCCCAUGGAGGAGGUGCAAAUAUAAUUUCAAAUGCAAAUGGGGGAGAAUUACCUGGCCAUAGGAAAGAGAGACAGGACCUCCAGAACGAUGUUUUGGCUGCACUUUUUAAUUUUCCUGAGAGAUCGGAGGAGUUAUCUAGAAGAAUAAAGAGGGAUGAAAGGAGGUUGAUAGUAUAUGGAGAGCCAGUGUCUGAAACUCCAGCAAACUUUACCUUAGAGAACAGGGCUGAUUCAGUGAACUCGCAGCAAGAAUAUGACAAAGUGAUGUGCACCAUUCUUGCCUUCAUAUUUUAUGGUGGAUUACCUUAUGAAAUCUGGAAAGUGCUGUGGCUUGAUGAUAUCUAUGGGACCCGUGGAGCAAGAAAGUUUAGGGCAGGAGUUUUUUCUGGUUGCUCUGAAAUGGGGAAAGCAUCUGUGAACUGUAAAGACAAGCUUUUUUUAGUAUCAUCAGUUGAAGAUGAAGAUGAAGAGGAUAGUUACCACCUUCUUCGUAGAGCUUGGAAGGAGUAUCGGGCCACAAUGAAUGAAUAUUACAAAGCUGCUGGUGAUGCAUUUGCCAAGGAAGAUUAUGAGCGAGCAAACAAACUUAUGGACGAGGGACUUUUUUUCCGUGACAAGGCUCAUGAGGUGGAUGAAGAAUCUACUCAGAAGAUGUUUGAAACAAAACAUGUUGAUACACAAGACGAGACGUUGCUUGAUCUGCAUCAACACGGCACUAAAGAUGCAAUACGCUCCUUGAAGAGUAAUCUUGUCUUACUUUCUGGCAUCCCAUCAUUCAAGUACCUCAAAGUCAUCAUCGAGACAGAGGAGGAAGAUUUUACGAAAGGCGCUCGUAGAAGAUUGUGUGAAAAGAGUCUUUUGUUUGAGAGACGGAACCAAAAGCCGAAAAUAAAGUUAAUAUCUUAUCCGGGUCCUACUUAUCAUCCAAGGGCAGAAAAGAAAACUUAUACCUCCCUCCCUUUUCAUUUGCAGAUUAUGAAGCUAUUAGAGAAGGAAUCAAUCAAGUGGACUGAAGGAGCAGAUGUUGGAACAAUACUAAUUGAACUGGAUAAUAUCAACCCAAAGCGCUUGAGUUUCGCCAAAAAAUAG